AUGUUCGCCCGGCCAUAUGUCUGCUCGACAUGCAAGAGGCCAGCAACAUUGAGGCUUCUCAAGCGACCACAGAAUCAGCAUCUCCACGCCUCGCCUCUGUUGGAGCUCCCCCGCCGGAAGGAUUUCUUUUCGUCCAAUGCCCACUUAAAGCAGAACUCGUCGACCAGAAGCGAUGACUCGACAGAACAUCUUCCGGAAUCACAGAAACAGCGGCGGCGAGGUGGCAGGUCCCCAGCUGCACCCACGUCCUUGCGGCGUGUCGCGGUAGAGGCGCAAAGAUCAAAGGAUGGAUUUCUUUCCAAAGCCCAGCUCAGGGAGCAGGGACUACAUCAGACCAAGACCAUAACUGCCUACGCCGUGGCUGAGCAAUUCAACAUACGCAAAGUUCGGGACAUCCUGCAGGAGAAAGGGUACGAGCCAGAUCCCUUGGAAACGGGGCUAUAUCCACAGGUCGUCCAUGUUCAAGUACCUAUCGAGUCCAUCCGACGAGUGGGGAAUCCUUCAACCGCAGAUUUAUCUUCGAACGAAGUUGGCGACGUGUUUGUGUUUCCAUCGGGCACCGUCGUGGCCUGGUCUCUUCCCGAAGGGUUCACAUCUUUUCUGGCGACGAGAACUCUCCUCCCCGCAGCGGAGAAUGCCCAUUUAGAGGAUCUGGAGACCGAAGAUCUCGAGUUUGUCGAAGACCCUAAGCGGGACAACAGCAUUAUCAAGGGGGACACGAUCAUCCUGGGAACUAAUACUGGCAGCCAGGGACUGGAGGCGCCGCUUGCGUUACAACAGUCUAUUGAUACGGUUUUGACCAAAGUGGCAUUCUCGUCGGGGCUAGCUCGAAGCACCAAGCUGGCCGUCCUCGAAAGCCUCCUGUCGAACUAUUUCGAGUCGACGCGGGCGAUUCCGACGCUGUUAUCACAAGGCUCGCGUCUUCCCUUCACGCGGGACUUUAUUCUCCGUAAAACUGGGCAAUUACUGAGUGUCCGCGCACAACUCAAUCUCUACUCGGAGCUCACGGAUUCUCUCCCCGACAUCUUCUGGGACAGUCGGCAUGAGCUUGGCCUGGAAGGAUACUACGAACAAGUGGGGCGGGCGCUGGAUGUAGGAAUUCGCAUUAAGCUCUUGAACGAAAAGAUGGACUAUGCACAGGAGAUUGCCAGUGUGCUUCGGGAGCGUCUCAGCGAAACCCACGGACUGCGACUCGAGUGGAUCAUCAUCCUGCUUAUCGCUGUGGAGGUCGGCUUUGAGGUCCUGCGCCUGUGGAAGGAGAGAAUCCAUGAGCAAGAAGAGAAGGUUAAGGCAACCAAGGCUGCGACCACACGGACCUGA